AUGGAUAGCCGCAGGGAAAUCUACAGGCAAUCGGCCUCCCGUCUAACAGUAGUUGCGCACUUGUUUGGCAUCUUGGCUGUCGUUCUCAUGCUGGUUUGGUUAUUGCAUUAUCGUGGGGGUAUCGAGUAUGAUUCUGACAAUACUGAUCGUGUUUUCAAUGUUCAUCCGUUUCUUAUGUUCUGUGGAUUCAUAUUUCUUGCUGGUGAAGCGAUGAUGACAUACAAAACAGUGUUAUCGACGUGGAUAGUCCAGAAGUCUAUGCACAUGUUCCUUCAUCUGAUCGCCAUAUGUCUUGGUAUUGUUGGCAUCAGUGCUGUCUUCAAGUAUCAUGAUAUGGUCCAGGCAGAGGAUGUUUAUAGCUUGCAUUCAUGGAUUGGCUUAAGCACCUUUUGUUUAUUUUGCUUGCAGUGGGUGUUCGGCCUGUUAACAUUCAUGUUUCCGAAAGCUAGGGAAGAAACAAGGGCAAGGAUGCUUCCAUGGCACAUCUGUGGAGGCAGGGCACUGUUGUACCUGGCAAUAUGUGCAGCUCUAACUGGGUUGAUGGAGAAAGCCACAUUUCUCAACCUAAAGCAUCAUCGCGAAUCUCGUUUGAUCAACUUCACUGGACUUUUUAUCCUUCUCUUUGGCAUAUUCGUUGAUCUUUCGGUUGCUCUUGCCCGCUAUGGGUCUACAGCCUCCUUCAAUUCGGUUUUUGGUUAUCCGCAAAAUGACCCACAAUCUCAUAAAAAUGCUUCAACCAGAAAGUGGGGAAAUUAUGAAGGACUUAUCAUUACCUGCAAUCUGCAAUUUCGACAACAUUCCAUCACGAAUUCAAAGGAACGCCACAAGCCAGAUCGUGGUGGAAAAUCAUGGCAGUGUUUAGGAUUAUUGGAGGAGGCGUGGGACUGUGAUGGUGGUCUGGACGAUGAAGAAGAAUUCUGGGGUUUUCUUGAUUUUUGCUUGUGA